GCCACACAGGCUGGCUCUUCUGGGAUGCACAGUGUGGAAUCAAAAUCCCAGCCUUUGGCUCUGCAACCAGAUACUGAACUCUCUUAGCUAUCCAGCCGCCUUAUGUGCUUAAUACUACCAAAUUAAAGAAAACACUCAAAAUGACACACCCUUAAACAUUUAGAACUGCCAAAAAAAAGUUUGCACUCAGAAUAUACAUAAAACUAAAGUAAGAACUUAAGAGAUCCUCAUUAUGUAUGUCUCUCUGUGUUAUAUACAUGUAUGUACAGAAACAUCAGUAUACAUGCAAAACUGAUUACUUACAGCAAUAGUUCUCAAAUACAAUAGUUAUUACAGGGAGCCCUGUUCAAAUAAACAUCCAAGACUAAAUCUUACAGAAGCGCUUAAUUUCAGUAUGAACAAGAGUCGUAUGAAGGUUGAAGACUACUUAGUUUUAAUUAAUGUAAGCCAGUGAAGACUGCUCAUAGGUUAUUGUUAUAUGUUGAAAAGUGAGAACUAACUUAUAGCAAUCCUAAUAAGGUUUACAAGGUAAUUGAGGCAUUUAAGGAGUGGUUUUAUCAGAUUCACAUCCCAAUGAGUUUCCAUGGCAGAGUCGGGGAAUUGAACCCUAGUAUCCUAAGUCCUUGUCCAUUAUUCUAUCCACUACACCCUACUGGGUGCCCCAAUCUUGCAUGUCAAUACCAACAUAUUUCCUCCAGAAAUAUUUUCCCUUCCUUCUGGGGGCAUUUUUGAGGCCCACGCAGCCUGGAGGAUUCCCAACAGCUGGUCCCAGAUCGGCCAUAGUGGCCCACCCCACUUCAUUCCAAGACUUUCAAACAUCAAUCAGGCCUUUUGAGAUCCAUAGUAUAGAGGCUUUCCACAGCUCAGUGGCUGAAAUGGCGAUAAACCUUACUCAUUCCACUUUCAAGUUCCAAGUGGUUAAGUGCUGUGGCAUGGAGACUAGACAGAUGGAGACAUGCACCCUUCAAUCCAAUUGUUCUACUCAAAAUAGCACUGACGAGUCCUGCCUAUCUAAAAUUCAACCCUAUGUCGAGCUUUUCCAGAUUAUUAUAUACAUCCCCACAUUUAUCCUGGGAUUGCUGCUCAAUGGAAUGGCUAUCUGGUUUGCAUUCUACAAGAUCAGGCAGUUCACAGAGCCUGUCAUCUAUAUGGUGUCUCUUAUAAUUUUGGAUACAUUGGUGCUCUUUACUCUUCCCUUUAAGAUAAUUUCCUACCAGAAUAAGAAGUGGGAUCUUGGCCAUGCCUUUUGCUCAUUCCUGGAAAGCUUGUACUUUGUGAAUAUGUAUGGGAGCAUCCUGAUCUCCUUGUGCAUAUGUGUCGAUAGAUAUGUUGCUAUCCUGCACCCAUUCGUAGCUGUGUCCUUGAGAUCUCCUACAAAAGCUGUCAUAACUUGUGCGGUCAUCUCAGCUGGGAUCUGGGCAGGAACUGCGUGUACUCUCCAACUGCACAAACAUGAUGGUCCCAGAUCCUGCUUCCACAACUUUUCUGGAAGUAUGUGGAAAAACACAGCCUUAAUUGUCAUCUUAGAGAUUGCCUUUUUUUCCUGUAUGACAGCUAUGAUCUUCUGUACAGUUCAGAUCAUGAUAUGUUUGUAUAGGAGCCAAAGACCCAAGGAGUCCCUCACAGUCAGGAGGAAGACGGUCUACAUAAUCAUGGCAAAUCUGGCUACAUUUCUGAUUUGCUUCACCCCUUUCCAUGUGGCACUGGUGUUGUAUUAUCUAGUAAAAAACUGCAUUUUAGAUUAUGGUCAAGAGAUCAUCCGCGUAUUUCUUCAAGUCACCUUAUGCUGGGCUAACUUCAACUGCUUUCUGGAUGCAAUCUGCUAUUAUUUUGUCUUCAUGGAGUCUCCAAAACCUAGCUCUGCUUAGAGGAAUUAAAUUAAUGUUGUUUAAGAUAGAAAAGUUUGGUGUUUUU